GUCCGCUGGAACUUCCAUAUCGAACACCAAAUAUGAACAACAAUUCAGGUUCAUUCUUUUAUUCUACCACCCCACCUUUCGCUUUACCAUUUGCUAGCUAUGAAAAAGUUGGUUCGGGCAGCUUUGGAAACGGAUCAUCAGCUCUUGCUAAAGCUUUAUCCGUUGCCUCAACCCGCUUAUUUGGAACGGGCAAUUCCCCACCUUCAUGGACUGAUAAAUAUUCAAAGCAAAAAGGAAACAUGAUUACCUUUCAAAAUGAUGUGACAAUUGACCCCGAAGAGGAAGCUGUUGUCAAGAAAAUUGAAGAUUAUGCUCGUAAAGCACAUGUGGUUUAUCAAUAUGCAAAUACUAAACUUGACCAACUUUUACCACCACUGCCUACCGCCAGCAGUGAGCUCAUGAAUGGUCAUACAGUCUCAGCUGAAUCUGCUGCUAGAAUGGCACAUGAAGCAUGCGUUUUAUAUUUAAAGUCACUUUCGUUAUUGCAGAGCGCCAUGGAUAGCGCUGGAGAAUAUUGGACACGUAUUAAUGAAAAACAACCAAAUAAUCCUGAUGGGAAAGGGGCUUCUCCUAGAUUUAAUCACGCCGUCCAAUGGGUACGUAAUCGGUUUAAUGAAUGUCUAGAAAAGGCAGAGUGCACCAAGUCUAGAUAUUUAUCAGAAGAAGAGAUGAAUGUUAAUGGAUGUUUUGUGGAGAAAUUGCUAUACGAUAAAGCUUUAGAAAUGAGUCGACAAGCUGCUAUAAAUGAGUUAGUUCAUGAAGACUUACCAGGAU